AUGAAAGGGCCAAUCCGGAAAAGAGACGUUCGCGAACACCUAAGAUUGAAGUGGAAACAACUCGAACAUGCCAUGGAUAUUCGAAAUAAUCAGGAUAGUCGUAUUCCAGUUCCUAUACGUUCCACUCGAAGAGAAAGGACCCAUUUAAUCGCAUCGGCACGAGAUAAUUUUCGUUCGCUUAACAGAUUAGUGGGAUUUCGUCAUGUUGUAGAUCCAGAGUGUAUUACGGAUGCCGAUGGCCGAACUUUAGUUCAUCUCGAGUUUCUCAACAAUCCAACUGCCAUAACACAAGCCACCAAGGCCGUAAAUUACACACCUUAA